GUACGGUGGCGUUUUUUCCGAGAUCCGGCGAAUAUGAGGAGAGUGUAGCCCCCACCCAAAGGAUAUUCAGUGUUAUAGUGUGGAUAAGGAAAUAUAUUUACAGAAGUGUCCUGAGGUGAAACAAAAAGAGAAAGAAAAUCCAACGAUGCGAUUAGAAAGCGCCAGCUGGGCGCUGCUGGUGUAUUUCGGUUUUCUCUUCGGUUGUGUCCGGAUUGAAGCCUAUUCCCAGGUGUUGGUCAGUGGAACCGGAGCCGGAAAUGAUCAGGGACCACGCAUAUUCAAGGCCCUCAAUACGGAUUUGAUAUUCCCGAAAACCUUCAACUCCAGUGAGAAUGUGGUAUCCACCACUAUAGCGGCAGCGAUUACUUCCACCUCCACGACAAGUCUUCCGCCCAUCCCGUACAACCAUCAACCCGAGGGAACAACCAACACCCCGGUGUUUGUCACACCCCUGGUUGCAUCGGAUGCGGUGCAAGCCAGUGAUCCUGCUCCGGAUCCUGAACCUGUCCCUGUAUCAGAGGAGCAGCCCGAUCCGGUUCUGGAAGGAGCCUCCACAGGACGCGCCGUGGAUUAUAGGACUGGGUAUCCCUUUGGCCAGCUGAUAACUCCCUUGCUGAGGGGCGGCAAGCCGCAGCAGUACAACUCCCGACCCACAAACACGCGUAUCUAUCCUCAAGGUAGUCCUUCUUACUACUCCUCAUCUUCACGAAAUCCAUCUCGCUAUCAGCCAUCGAGGCCCAGCUAUAAAAAAGGAUUCAGCGAUCGCUUCGCUCCUGGCGAGGGCACAGCCGCUGGUCUCUUCAAGGGGCACAACCACAACCACGACCACGACCACAGCCACGACCAUAGCCACGAUCAUUCCCAUGGGCAGGAUGGCAAGGUGGCCGCCGGCUCGAAUUCGGUGAACUCCUAUGUGGCCCCCAGCGACGCCUACUCCUUUCCGCCGUUGAACACCAAGUACCCAUCGCCCUCGCAGGAUCCCAAAGCGGCUUUGCCCUCCGAUACGGUGACGAGUUACUUGCCACCCGCAUCUGGAGGACUGAGCAACGCCGGAUACAACUAUCCGGGACCUUCUUUCACGGGUUACAAGUACCCGGGCCCACUGGCCAAUGGCAACGGUGACAAGGAUACGGCGGCCAGCAUGGCGAGCGCGUCUCCACCGGCAGAUGAUGACCCUGGCAAUGAUGAUACGAUUGGAGUCCUGCCGGCUAGUGCCAUGGACAACAUUCCUACGAAGGAUCAGGAGGGCAAGGAUGUCGGCGGUGGCGCUCCUGCAGACGGCAUGGACAUGGGUGGUGGAGGUGGAGAUGGAGGAGGUGGCGGCGGAGACGGGGGAGGAGAUGAUGCCGCUGGCGGUCUGCCAGCACUCCACAACGAUGGUUCGCCGCCCGAUGACGAUCACAAGUACGAUCCCAAUAUGGAGUAUGCCACACCACCACCUGGUUGGCUUGAAUCUCACCCGGAAUCGGCGGCUCCCAAGCCGGAGGAUCACGAUCAUGAUCAUGCGCCGGACCACGAUCAUGUGCACGACCAUGAUCCCCACAGCUAUCACUAUCCGAGUCACUUUGACUACCAUCACUCGUAUCCGGAUGACUCCUAUCCAGAUGUGAUUUACGAUGACCAUCCCCACCAUCACCACCACGUGCACCACCCACCGCCACCUCCUCCUCCGCCGCCACCACCGCCGCCACCACCACCGCCUACGGAACCGCCACCACCGCCCCCGCCGCCGCCAGAGCCACGUGUGAAGAAGUACAGCUACUUCUACAUUGGCCGCAAGCUCUGGUACAUCCCACUGUACUUCACCGUGUGGUUCAGCUUCUACAUCCUGUGGCUGAUCAUCAAGUCCAUCGGUCGCCACAAGGUCAAUCUGCCCAACCAUUACGUCUCUCGAAGAAGUGCCCCCGAUCCGUUCACCGACCAGGGUCGGGACGAGUACAUCAACGAGAUGACGGUUAGGGUGCUGGAACACAUCGAUAGCUUUAAGCACAAAUACUUGAACUGAUAAGGACGCUACUUAGUA